ACUUGCUCUACUGGUCGUCCAAUAAGUUGAUCGAACAAGUAGCUUAAUAAAAUCACCAGAAUUUUCGCAGUUUUACUUAAAUAAAAAAAUGAAAGUCUUCUCAAUCGCUUUGUUGGUUGUUAUCGGCGCAUACGGAUACGGCACCCUCGCAAAGAGCCCUUGCCCCAGUACAGGCCUUUACGGAACACCUUAUUGCUGUCAAACUGAUGUACUGGGCUUGACAGGUAUUGAUUGUGAAACUCCUCCAACCCCAGUGGAUGCUUCUAAUUUCAGAGAAACCUGCGAGCGUAAAGGAAUUCAAUCUCGUUGCUGUGCCUCAAAUCGUUCCUCCUCUCGUAAAGUUCUCUUAUGUAUAAAGGGACCAGUAUAAAACAUCUUCAUUUGCACCUGCACUUUUCUAUAAUCUCCUUGUUUAAAUACAAUGCUUAAUUUUUAAUAAAUUUA